CCAUUGCUGGUCCUUUGUUGGUCGAUGCCGUUCCGCGGGGCUGUGGCCAAUCAGAGCACGCGCUGUGCUGAGUCACCCGCUUGCAGCUGUCCCUCUUACGUCGCUGACUGAGAGGUUUCCAACAUCUGUCGCUUUCUCUCUAAUUCUCCAUCGUUUUCUCUAUUGCUUUGCCAUUUCUUCUUGCCUCUGAAAAUAUCAUCUUUACCUGGACCUUUCCCUCUCCUUCUAAGGUCCUGUAUAGUCAUCUUUAUCUAUCUACGCCUAACCGCAUUUCGGGUACUUGACCGCUCCUACCCCUCUUGAGUCUGCACUGAAAGCUGUAGACAUUAACUUAACUUGGUGGAAAGUCUUGCUCGGAGGCAAGACUUUCGCUUGCAGUCUUUCACCAUUCCUUCCGAUAUUCCCGUUCGUGAGGCUGCGAAGCUGGGAAAGCGAAGAGCGUCUAGCGAGGAAACAGCAGCUCCACCGGAUAAAAAGAAGAUCAUGACGGACUCCAAAAUGCAGGUCGACAACCCACAGGAGGCUGUGGAGAUGAUCAAGCAGGGAGAGAUUGACGAGUCUUUGUACAGUCGACAACUCUAUGUCCUUGGCCAUGAAGCCAUGAAGCGCAUGGGAUCGUCGAAUGUCCUCGUCGUCGGUUUGAAGGGUCUGGGUGUUGAAAUUGCUAAAAACAUCGCCCUUGCCGGUGUUAAGUCACUCACUCUUUACGAUCCUGCCCCCGUCGCUAUAUCAGAUCUAUCAUCCCAAUUCUUCCUCCAGCCUCAAGACGUUGGCAAGCCCCGCGCCGAAGUAACUGCUCCGAGAGUCGCCGAAUUAAACUCAUAUGUCCCUGUCACAGUCCACGAGGGUGGAAGUCUCGUGAAUGACCUCGAGCAGCUCAAGCGCUACCAGGCCGUGGUUCUUACUCUGACACCUUUGAAGGAACAGCUCGCAAUCGCCGAUUUUUGCCACAAGAACGGCAUCUACCUUACCGUAACCGACACUUUCGGUCUUUUUGGAUACCUUUUUAAUGACUUUGGAAAGAACUUUACCGUGGGAGAUGCCACAGGUGAAGAGGCUGUGAGUGGUAUUGUAGCCGAUGUUGCCGAGGACGGUCUGGUCUCCGCUCUCGAUGAAACUAGACAUGGUCUGGAAGAUGGAGACUUCGUGACCUUCACCGAGAUUAAGGGCAUGGAAGGCUUGAACGGUUGCGCCCCUCGCAAGGUUACCGUCAAGGGCCCUUACACUUUCUCUAUUGGAGAUGUCUCCGGUCUGGGGUCGUACCAGGGUGGUGGUAUCUUCAACCAGGUCAAGAUGCCUAAAUUUGUUGAUUUCCAGUCACUCAAUGAGCAGCUUAACAAGCCUGAACUUAUGAUUUCCGACUUUGCCAAGUUUGACCGGCCACAGCAGUUGCACAUUGGUGUCCAGGCACUUCACAAGUUUGCGGAAGCCCACGAUGGCCAACUUCCUCGCCCUCAUUCUGAUAGCGACGCCCAAGAAGUAAUCAAGAUUGCCAAUGACCUUGCCUCAAGUCUGGAAGACAAGGUGGAAUUGGAUGAGAAGGUCAUCAAAGAGCUGAGUUACCAAGCUCGUGGUGAUCUGAACCCCUUGGCUGCUUUCUUUGGUGGUAUUGCGGCACAGGAAGUUCUCAAGGCUGUCUCCGGCAAAUUCAACCCCGUCCACCAAUGGCUCUACGUCGACUCGUUGGAAUCGCUUCCCGCAUCUGUUCCUCGAUCCGAAGAAAACUGCAAGCCUAUUGGCAGCCGCUAUGAUGGUCAAAUAGCCGUCUUUGGCAAGGACUUCCAGGAUAAGAUUGCCAAUGUUACCCAGUUCCUUGUUGGCGCAGGAGCUAUUGGCUGUGAAACCUUGAAGAACUGGGCGAUGAUGGGCUUGGGAACCGGUCCCAAAGGAAAGAUCUUUGUCACCGAUAUGGACCAGAUCGAGAAGAGCAACCUGAACAGACAGUUUUUGUUCCGUACCAAGGAUGUUGGCAGACUCAAGAGUGAGUGUGCCUCUGCUGCGGUUCAGGCUAUGAAUCCCGAGUUGGAUGAUAAGAUUGUCACGCUGCGUGACCGCGUUGGACAAGACACCGAGCACAUCUUCAACGAGGAGUUCUGGCAAGGCCUGGAUGGAGUCACCAAUGCCCUGGACAACGUCGAUGCAAGAACAUACGUCGAUCGCCGCUGCGUCUUCUUCCGGAAGCCCCUACUCGAGAGUGGAACUCUUGGUACCAAGGGUAACACCCAGGUUGUUCUGCCACACAUCACCGAGUCCUAUUCGAGCUCCCAAGACCCCCCAGAGAAAUCCUUCCCAAUGUGCACAUUGAAGAGUUUCCCUAACCGAAUCGAGCACACUAUCGCCUGGUCUAGAGAUCUUUUCCAGACAUUCUUCGUUGGGCCUCCGGAGGCUGUCAACAUGUACCUUUCUCAGCCCAACUACAUCGAGCAGACCCUUAAGCAAGCUGGUAAUGAAAAGCAGACUUUGGAGCAUCUGCGUGACUUCUUGGUGACCGAAAAGCCAUUGACCUUCGAUGACUGCAUUAUCUGGGCCCGUCAUCAAUUUGAGGCACAGUACAACAAUGCAAUUCAACAGCUACUCCACAACUUCCCCCGGGACUCGAAGACAUCCUCGGGCCAGCCGUUCUGGUCUGGACCUAAGCGUGCCCCGACCCCAUUGAAGUUCGAUAGCUCAAGCCCCACACACAUUGGCUUCAUCGUCGCUGGCGCGAACCUCCAUGCUUUCAACUAUGGAAUUAAGAACCCUGGUGCGGACAAGGAGUACUACAGGAAGGUUGUGGACAACAUGAUCAUUCCCGAAUUCACACCCAGCUCCAGCGUCAAGAUCCAGGCGGAUGAUAACGAACCUGACCCGAACGCUCAGGCAGGAGGAUCCUCCUCCUUUGACGAUGGUCAAGAGAUCCAGCGCCUUGUCGCUUCUCUUCCGUCGCCCAAGUCUCUUGCCGGUUUCCGUCUGAACCCUGUUGAGUUCGAAAAGGAUGACGACACUAACCACCACAUCGACUUCAUUACCGCGGCCAGUAACCUGCGUGCCGAGAACUAUGACAUCCCCUUGGCCGACCGACACAAGACUAAAUUCAUUGCUGGCAAGAUUAUCCCUGCCAUUGCUACAACCACUGCACUGGUUACCGGCCUUGUUGCCCUUGAGCUGUACAAGAUCAUCGAUGGCAAGGAUGACAUUGAGCAGUAUAAGAAUGGCUUCAUAAACAUUGCCCUCCCAUUCCUUGGCUUCAGUGAGCCUAUCGCUAGUCCCAAGGGCAAAUAUGCCGGUAAGGAUGGUGAAGUUACAAUCGACCAACUCUGGGAUCGCUUUGAGGUGGACGACAUUCCCCUCCAAGACUUCCUCAAGCACUUCGCAGACAAGGGCUUGGAGAUUAGCAUGGUCAGCUCUGGAGUCAGCCUGCUAUACGCCAGCUUCUACCCUCCGUCUAAGGUUAAGGACCGUCUCCCCAUGCCUAUGAGCAAGCUGGUUGAGCACAUCAGCAAGAAACCCGUUCCAGACCACCAGAAGAACAUAAUUUUCGAAGUGACGGCCGAGGACACGACCGAGGAAGACGUUGAGAUUCCUUACGUGAUGGUGAAGCUGAGGAACAAUUUAUCUCUGGAUGCAAAAUUCCAUGUUCUGAAUAAUAUCGCAUCAGUGUUGAAUCAUCAUCGCAAUUGCUUUGUCAGGCACCAACGCCACUGCCCGUCACUACGCUCCCUUAUGUUCUCUCUAUUCCUUCGAACUCAGACACUCUCCCAACGUCUGUUAAAUCCUAGAAUUAUCACUGCGGGGUUCCUUAGCUCAACUUCCAGAAGCUCCGUUCUCUCCGCAAAAAUCCCUUUUUCAACACGCAGCAUGGCGACUGGCAAUUCCGGAAAGAUCACCGACUGGGUGAAUCCCAACGAUAGGUCGGGCGAAUUCAAGCGACAACAGUCGGUUUUCCGAAACUGGAUCUCCAGAGAAGCUGGCGCGGAAUUCCCUCCGGAAAAGGGCCGCUAUCAUCUCUACGUCUCAUAUGCCUGUCCAUGGGCGCACCGAACGUUGAUCACGCGAAAGCUCAAGGGUCUUGAAGACUUCAUCUCAUUUACAUCUGUGCAUUGGCAUUUGGGAGAGAAUGGAUGGCGCUUUGCAACACCCGACGAGAAACUGCCUGGGGAAAAUACCACGCCGGACCCUUUGCAUCCUGAAUUCACCCACCUUCGUCAAAUUUACUUUUCGAACGAUCCGGAAUACACUGGACGAUUCACGGUCCCGGUGCUCUUCGAUAAGAAAACUGGUCGGAUCGUGAGCAAUGAGAGCGCCGAAAUCAUCCGCAUGCUCUACUAUGAAUUCGACGAUCUUCUUCCCGAGCAGUACAAAAAGGUCGACCUCUUCCCUCUGGCACUUCGUUCAAGCAUCGAAUCUUCCAACGAGUGGAUCUACAACGAUGUCAACAACGGCGUCUACAAAUCCGGAUUCGCCACGACCCAAGAGGCCUACGAGAAAGCUGUGAAGACGCUCUUCUCGUCCCUUGACAAGAUCGAAGCUCAUCUUUCCGCUCCAAAGAGCUCUGACUCGCCGUUCUUCUUCGACUCGAACGUCACCGAAGCAGACAUCCGGCUCUUCACGACCAUCAUCCGCUUCGACCCCGUCUAUGUGCAGCACUUCAAGUGCAACAUUCGUGACAUCCGAUCGGGCUACCCGGCCCUGCACAACUGGCUUCGUCGGCUGUAUUGGGAUAUUCCUGCAUUCCGGGAGACUACGGAUUUCGAGCACAUCAAGAAACAUUACACGAAGAGCCAUAAGCAGAUCAACCCAUUCAGCAUCACUCCCGUCGGGCCGACUCCAGAUAUUCUUCCCAAGGACGAAGAGGUGAGAGCAGUCUCUGGGGGAAGAAAGUAGUAUUUCUUUUUCCGUUGAAUUUAUUCAGAAAACUUUAAUUGAUACUUUCUAAUGCUUUUCAUUGACAUCUGUAUACAUCAUCGCUGUAAUGAGAUUAAUAUUAUACUGUACAGUAUAUUGACAAUGACAAGCCACGCUCAGCAGUGAAAACCAAAGACAGGUUGUAACCCCAUAUGUACGUGUAAUUCAAGAAGUAUGGUCAUUAUAAUAAUGCUCAUAUGUUGAUUUAUAAAUGCUGUGAAGCAAGGGUCUUUUGAUACAUUUCAAAUAACAGUUUGGGGGAAUCCUCCAGUAUACAGAAAGUUGAAAACAAAAUGCAAAAAGAUGCCAUAGUAUAAACAAACUCCACAGCAUGCAUUCCCACAUGGCUCAUGCCAGUGUGGUUAGUUAGUAUGUAAACCAUCAUGAUCCCAAUUGAUUGAGCAGAUG